UGCUUGCAACAGCUCCCCCACUUGCCCCGCGCUCGCAUUCGGUGUCAGCUCCAACAUCAAACCUAGAAGCGUCCCUCCAGACAACAACACCCUAACAAUGUCUCUCGAAACGAUCGAGUCCUUCGUGGAAGGCGCGCCGCCCGGAGAGCUAGCAGACGUCGUGGCCGACAUCAAAGCCCUCACCGUCAACGACCCUGGCCUCGUGUCGAAGCUCACCCCCGCCUUCGAGAAGUACAACGAGGAGCAGUUCACCACAGUCAAACUGCCCGGUAGUAGCCAACAAGUCGUUAUCAGCUCGCACAACUCCUUCGGCGAUGGGCGCUACUACGACGUUGAGAGCUCCUCCAGCUUCGCCUUCAACCACGCUACCCAGAAGGCCAGCAGCGUCCAGAGCCACGUGCUCGAGGGCCCGCAAACCGACCUCGUCAAGUCUACGCUCAAGAGCCUGUCGACCUAUGCCCGGGAGCACUACGCCAACGCCGCGUACGGCGUCUACCCCAUCGAGAACGAUUCCAAGGUCGCCAUCGUCCUCGUCGCCAACAAGUACAGCCCCAACAACUUCUGGAACGGAAGGUGGCGCUCGCUCUACGUCUUUGAGCCCACGUCGGGCACCCUCGAAGGCAGCCUCAAGGUCGAUGUACACUACUACGAGGACGGAAACGUCCGUCUGUUGACCAACAAGCCGGUUUCGAGCUCGGCGGGCGCGACGGGGGUGGCUAUUGCCAAGGAGAUCGCAGCAGUGGAGAAGAAAUACCAGGAGGAGCUGAACAGGGGUUUCAUGUCGCUGAGCGAGGGCGCGUUCAAGGGACUUCGAAGGCAGUUGCCUGUGACGAGACAAAAGAUUGAAUGGGACAAGGUGGCCAGCUAUCGCGUGGGACAAGACAUUGGAGGUGCGAGACGAUAGGGGGACCGUUUUCAUCCCUGAUGAGCAUCCUUUUCCCAUUCAUAUAAAAGCGUUAUUCGAUACCAUGAAUAUCAGUCAGUUUGAUUUCCACAAAACUUCUUUCUGGAG